UCCCAUUACAGCACCCUUUCCUUUCUGGAGGCUCUUGACCCUCAAAGGGAAAGAAAGUGAGGGAAAGUGAAAGAAACUCAGAGACGAUCAAACGUACAUACAUAGGAAAUUAGACAGUGAAAGGAGUAGAUUAUAAGAAAGGCAAAGCGAGGUAAAUUGGAGAGAUAAGAGAGAGAGGAAAUGAAGCACAUUUUCAAGAAGUUGCACAUAGGGAGUAACCACGAGCCACACCGAUCAAACGAGACUCCUCCCUCACCAUCGUCCAAUUCCGAUCACCGUACUGCCUCCGGAAAUGGUCCUCCUAGUCCUCCGUCGACUUCUUCGCCACCGACGACCACCGUGACUGCCACGACUGUUUCGUCGGCGCCGAAUAAUUCUAAUAAUCGUGCUGAUUACUUCUCGUCAGAGGAGGAGUUCCAAGUGCAGUUAGCGUUGGCGAUCAGCGCGUCCAAUUCAGAGUUUAGAGACGACCCUGAAAAGGAUCAGAUCCGAGCGGCAACUUUGUUGAGUUUAGGUGGAAAUCAUCAUCAUCGGAUCGAUGUGGGGAGGGAAAAAGAAGAGGCUGCCGCGGAGGCCUUGUCGAGGCAGUAUUGGGAAUAUAAUGUACUCGAUUAUGAGGAGAAAGUGGUUGAUGGUUUUUAUGAUGUGUUCUCCACAAGUCCAGCAGUACAAGGAAAAAUGCCAUCUCUCACAGAUCUGGAAACAAACCCUGGGAGUUCUAGUUUUGAAGCAGUAAUAGUCAAACGAGUAAUUGAUCCUGCAUUAGAAGAGUUGUUGCAAGUUGCACAUUGUGUUUCUCUAGAUUGCCCUGCUACGGAUGUUGGUGUUCUGGUACAGCGGCUAGCUGAACUUGUUACAGGACAUAUGGGUGGGCCAGUAAAGGAUGCUAACAUAAUGUUGGCAAGAUGGAUGGAAAGAAGUACAGAAUUGAGGACAUCCCUUCACACAAGUGUGUUGCCUAUUGGGUCCAUAAACAUUGGUUUGUCUCGACAUCGAGCUUUACUUUUUAAGGUAUUGGCCGACAAUAUAAGAUUACCUUGUCGAUUAGUGAAGGGCAGUCAUUACACUGGCAUUGAGGAUGAUGCUAUCAACAUUAUAAAGCUGGAAGAUGAAAGGGAGUUUUUGGUUGAUCUCAUGGCAGAUCCUGGGACACUCAUACCUGCUGAUGUUCUAAGUGCAAAGGAUACUAAUUUUAUAUCAUGUAAUCCAAACAUCAGUAAAUUCCCUGGUCUUCAUUCUUCUAAUGACAUUGUCUAUUCUAAACCAAAGCCAUUAUCUGGUGAAGGCAGUAGUCAGAACUCUUCCAUGGAUGGUCGUUUGCCUUUAGAAAAAAGAUUAAGCACUGAAGGAUUGGAGUCAUCAGCUACAUUCUCUGGUGCUAGUAGUGAUGCUGGUGUUGGUUCUUCUGGGAUAUGUAGUAGAGCAGCUCCUUCUAAUCAACAUGGUAAUAUUUCCUCCUUGGCUAUUGGGUCUUCUUUGUAUAAGGGGAGUCAUGGAGCCCAUGCAGUUGAUUCUGUGCGGAAGAAUGUCAAUGUUAUUCCAUAUAACCAAAAUAGCUCAGAGGAUUCAAAGAACCUCUUUUCAGAUCUUAAUCCAUUUCAAAUUAAAGGAACUGGCAAAAGCUUCAUACACAGUAAACCUGUUGAGAAUAAAGUUGAAGAAUUUCAAGGGCAAAAAAAUAAUCCCCUCCCUGGUCGUCCGCCUGUACCAUUGAUGUGGAAGAACCGAUAUGCAUGCAAUGAAGUCCCUCGAAAAAAAGAAUAUGAUUAUAUGGAAGGAUUCCUUCCAAGAAUCAAUCGUGAACCCAAUAAUUAUAAUCAGCCAUCCUUGGCUUCAACCAGCUCUACUAUGUCUAAGAAGAUUUGUUCUCAAGGCUUCAAAUCAUCCAGUAAUUUGAAUUCAUCCAGUAGAGACGGUGAUCCUAGGAAUUCAUCAAGCGGUACUUCUUCAGCUUCAGAAUCUAGCAUGAAUCAAUGCUAUAAACCACCUUCAGUUGAGGAAGUAAACUCAAGUUUUAAAGAAGAAAAUCUUAAGGAUGCACAUAAUUUCCCAUAUGAUGUGGAAGUCAAUGUUCAACAUAAUGAAAAUAAUGAAAUUGGUGUCCAGGCUCGUAGAAAGUGCACACACGACAGAUUUAUGGGUGCCAAUCUGAAAUUGAAGGAACCGGAGAGUCCUAGUUCUUCAAUUGAUUCCAGUUGGACCAGGGCUGAUCAAAUAUUUGAUGAUGUAGAUGUGGGUGAAUGUGAAAUUCCUUGGGAAGAUCUGGUCCUUGGUGAUAGGAUUGGACUAGGUUCAUAUGGAGAGGUCUACCAUGCUGAUUGGAAUGGCACAGAGGUUGCUGUUAAGAAGUUCUUAGACCAGGAUUUCUCUGGAGCGGCUUUAGCUGAAUUCAAAAGAGAAGUGCGAAUAAUGCGGAGAUUGCGCCAUCCAAAUGUUGUGCUCUUCAUGGGUGCUGUUACACGACCUCCAAACCUCUCUAUCAUUACAGAGUUUCUUCCAAGAGGGAGUUUAUACCGGAUUCUUCAUCGUUCUCAUUGUCAAAUUGAUGAGAAGCGAAGGAUAAAGAUGGCUCUUGACGUGGCAAGAGGUAUGAACUGCUUGCAUACCAGUAUACCAACAAUUGUUCACCGGGAUUUGAAGUCACCAAAUCUUUUGGUUGAUAAAAACUGGACUGUCAAGGUUUGUGAUUUUGGGUUGUCGCGCUUGAAGCAUAACACCUUUUUGUCAUCCAAAUCAACUGCAGGAACACCUGAGUGGAUGGCACCGGAAGUUCUUCGCAAUGAACCCUCAAAUGAGAAGUGUGAUGUAUAUAGUUUUGGAGUCAUUCUCUGGGAGCUUGCAACACUACGAUUGCCAUGGAGUGGGAUGAACCCAAUGCAAGUUGUUGGAGCUGUUGGUUUCCAGAACCGUCGCCUUGAAAUCCCUAAGGAUGUUGAUCCCUUGGUUGCAAGGAUAAUUUGGGAAUGUUGGCAGACUGAUCCAAACUUGCGGCCUUCCUUUGCACAGCUCGCAGUAGCUCUCAAACCCUUGCAGCGGCUUGCCAUCCCGUCACAUCUGGAUCAACCAAGCUCACCUCUGCAACAGGAGAUAUCAGUAAAUUCUACACCUUGAAAUGUCUCAAUGACUCAACUGUGAAUAAGGAGACAUUCUUGUUAAUUUUGCCUCGGGUCAAGGCUAGUGUAUGAAAUUUUAAGAAGGAAACGAGAAAAGAAUAGGAAAAAAACAAAAGCAUAUAGGUGCAGGUUUGUGUAUGUAAGGGAUGCAUGCUGCUGCAACCCAAAGACCAUAGCAGCUUUUUUUUUUUUCUUUUUUUCCUUUUUUGUAUAGCUGGGUGUCAAAGGGGAUUUGAAACUGUAAUAUACGUGUAUAUGCAGCACCUUCUGAAGGGAGGGAAAAAUGUCAGUCUAUAGAGGUAUAUUUGUGUUGUGACAUUCUCUACACUCACUCUUAUAUUACAUUUCUUUUUCAGGAAUGUUAUGGUUCAAAGAGCAUUAGUAGGUACUAAAA